AUGCCUCCACUACCGGGCUUUACAGACAAUCCUCUCAAGACUCGCGCUGACGUAGUCCUUGCAUCCAAGGCGCUCAUUCGUCCUCUGUCCCAAUUCACCUCUCCAGGCUGUGCCUACGUUCGGUUGCCUGUAACAUCUGGUACGCUCUACGAUGGCAGAGCUGCCAGGCUCGAGGGUUUUUCGCGCCCAUUAUGGGUGGCGGGGUCUCUGCUUGCAAGCGGUGAUUGCGAGGAAGAGCUAUUGUCAAGGCUUAUUACAGGAUUGAGCAACGGGACAGACCCUGGGCACGUUGAGUAUUGGGGCGACAUCGAAGACAACGACCAGCGCAUGGUCGAGACUGAACCAAUUGCCUUCACACUUCUCUCGAGCCCGCGGUAUUUGCUCUGGGACCGACUAGAGGAUCGCACCCGGUCUAAUAUUGCCCGGUGGUUUAUCCAACUCAACGGGAAGCAGAUGCCCCGCGUGAACUGGCUGUGGUUCCGCGUCUUUACCAACCUUGUGCUGCUAAAGCUGUGCAAAGUCGACGAUCCGAGCGUGCGCAAGCAAAUGGACAUGGACUUGGAGGAACUCGAUACAUUCUAUUUGCGAGACGGCUGGUCCAGCGACGGCUUGUGGAGAAGUCCCGAGAACGACGAUGAUGAAUGGAUGCUGUUUCAGCAAACAGGUCGCGUUCACAGUAUCAAGCCCGAUCGCUGCGUAGACUACUACUCGGGCAGCUUUGCAAUACAAUUCAGCCAGCUCCUUUACGUACGUCUAGCGGGAGACAUUGAUCCGCUGAGAACCUCACGCUACCAAAAGCAAGCCAACGAAUUUGGCUCCCAGAUUUGGAGAUAUUUUGACGAGCAAGGCAGGCAGACAUCAAGUGCACCGAUUCCCUUUGGGCGGUCCAUGAUCUAUCGCUUCUGCUGUGGAGCGUUUUUCGCUAGUCUCGCUGUAGCUGGAGGUUCGGACAUGGCAACACCGUUGCGUAGACCUGGUGAUGUGAAGGGAUUCCUGCUUCGUCAUUUAAGAUGGUGGGCUCGUAACUCUUCAGACAUUUUCCACUCGGAUGGUACCUUGAACUUGGGUUGGCUUUACCCCAACAUGUAUCUGACAGAAGACUACAACUCGCCGCAAUCUGUAUACUGGGCAUUAAAGUCCUUUGUAGCCAUCAUGCUACCAUCAGAUGAGCCAUUUUGGGCCGACGACGAGCAAUCAUACCCUCAGCUUGAUCCGAGUCAAAUCGUGGCCUUGCUCUAUGCCCCGCGGCAGGUACUUUGCAAUCCUCCUCAGGGACAUCAUUUCCUCCUCUCCUCGGCUCAAUUCACCUCGCUGUACUGGAAAGGUGCCGCUGCAAAGUACGGCAAGUUCGCCUACUCUUCCGCUUUUGGAUUCUCCGUCCCGACUGGACAGGCAAAGCUCCAACAGCUGGCACCCGACAACAUGCUUGCCCUGAGCAGGGACGGUAUGCAGACCUGGGCUGUGAAGUGGAAAUGUCGCGAGCCUACAUUCGGAGUGUGCAAAGUCCACUCGGCUGCAAGCCACAUGGCUGAGGAACUCCCAACGAUGCAGGUCGUCUGGUAUCCUUGGGAAGAUCGCGGCGCCUCAGUCAUGACGACGCUGAUACCACCUUCGAGAAGAUGGCCCGACUGGCACAUUCGCGUGCAUCGCAUCCGAGUCGAAAAGGACGGUCUUGGGACCCUUUUUACCGCCGAGGGUGGAUUUGCGAUCAAUCGCGAGCCGAAGAACUCCGGAAGAUGGCUGCAGACAAUCGACGCCAAUCCUUCAGAUGAUGUUGGCUACAAACAUGAUUUGCAGGGGUACAGAUCGGACGCUGACUCUGCCGUCGUCUUCUCCAACGCGAGAGCUUCGGGCAUCACGGGUUUGGUCCUGGAGAGCCCAAGUACUGCCCAUGUCAGACAGACAGCAUCAGUGCUGAAGCCCGAGGCGAACACCAGCAUCAUGACGCCUCGGUCCCUUCUUCCAUUAGUGCAACAUGAAGUGACCGGUCUGAAACGGGGUGACGAGUUUGUCUUGUGUACGCGAGUCUUUGCCGCUGUUGAUGACGCAGUUCAGCCGCGCAAACCUAACUGGCAUCGGUGGAAAUCCUGGCAAGAUCGCCCAAGCACCGGGACAAGCCUGGGGGACUCGGGGGACUUUAUUGAAUUGCUGUGA